AUGCUUGUACCAAUAUUAUCUAGACAAAUAAAAUCCACUUUAAAUAAAUCAUUACCAAAAUCAUUAUCAUGUUCUCAGUUCCAUACAUCAACAACAAAAAAUUUUGAUAUACCAUUCUUAAAACAAAUUCCUCAACCUCCAGGUUAUAUCAUUGGUACUGUUAAUGAUGCUUAUAUUAGUCCACAUGCUUCCAAAACUCAUGGUUCUUUACAUUGGACUGUGGAAAGAAUCAUUGCUAUUGGUCUUGUACCAUUAGCUACUGUUCCUUUUAUAACUGGUUCAUUUGCUCCUGUAUUAGAUUCAAUUUUAGCAACUUCUGUAUUAGCACAUUCAUGGAUUGGUUUCCAAGCUUGUAUUAUUGAUUAUAUCCCAAAGAGAGUUUAUGGUAAACAACAUGAUUAUGCAAUGUAUUUAUUAAGUCUUGGUACUUUAAUUGCAAGUUAUGGUAUUUAUUUAAUUGAAAAAGAUGUUGGAUUAACUGGUUUAAUUGCUAAAAUCUGGACUGGUAAGAAAGAAGAAGAAAAAUAA